AUCUUUAAAAGGCAAAUGUUGCUUUGUGUUUCAGAUGAUGAAGGACCAGAUCCUCCCGAACAGUUUACUGCCAUCAAGCUCUCAGACACACGGAUAGCCUUGAAGUCUGGAUAUGGAAAGUACCUCGGCAUCAGCUCUGAGGGUGUGGUGAUGGGGCGCUCUGAUGCCAUUGGCUCCAUGGAACAAUGGGAACCAGUCUUCCAGGAUGGUAAAAUCGCUUUCCUGGCAGCAAAUAGCUGUUUCAUUUCCUACAGUGACAACGGGGACAUUGUGGCCAAGAGCAAGACAGCAGGGGAUGGCGAGAUGGUGAAGAUCCGAACUUGUGCAGAACGAGAGGUCAAGCGUAAAGAUGACAUUGCAGAUGAGGACAGGGGCAACGUGAAGUCCUGCGAGAUCAAUUAUGUGAAGAAGUUUCAGAGUUUUCAAGAUCGAAGGCUCAGGGUUAAUGAGGGCGACGCCACUGUCCUAAAGAAAGCCAGGACGGAUGGAAAAUUUCACGAAGCUUUGCUCGACAGGCGAAGCAAAAUGAAAGCAGACAGGUACUGCAAGUGAAGAAUGUGGAUUGCUGUCAUGCCUUUGUAAAUGAAUGCAUUUUAUAGAUUUGAUCAUAUGACAUCGGAUUAUGACUGUGAGUGUUUUAUGUAUUUUGAAUAAACUUUUAAACUUUA